UAAACAAAACCUCUCUCUCUGGGGUACCCAGCGCGAACACGAAACGAAGAAUUUGGGGGGUACACUUUUUCAGCAUGAUUGUUAAUAUAUAUGUGUAAUUUAGGGUUUUGCAACUUCAUUGAUGGAUGGCAAACGGACCACAUUGUCUCCUAAAACCCCCUUUCGUUUCUUUCUGUCCGGCUUCUGCGUCAGUCCGUCCGUCCGUCCGUCUGAUUUCAGAGUUUUCCAACCUAACAAAUUUCUGAAUUUUGUUUUUUUUUUUUUUUUUUUAUUUUAGUCUUUGAAAUUUUUUUCAUGUGUUGUGUUUGGUAACGAAGACAAAGUAACGAAAGUAAAACCCUGAAAAUGGUCCGGAUGUUAUUUUCUAACGCAGGGGCUAAAGCCUUAAGGGGGUUUCAAUUUCAUUAUGUUAUGUGUAAAGCUCAGCCUUUAAAUUUUAAAACUUUAUCUAUUUUUUCUUUGAUUUGCAGAUAUACAGUUGCCAUUAUCACGCAUUUUGUUUUGCAUUUUGUAAUUUUUUUUGUGGUUCCUGAUUAUACGAAUAUGAAUGAUGCUCUACCGGAGACUAAAGCACUCGCUUUUUUAUCAUUAAUUGAUGCAAUGCCCUUAAUCUGAGAUAUGGAACCUACAGCUUUCAGAUCGAGGGAUAGGCGUAGCGGUUACUUAUAAUAAAUGAAUAUUUUAAAAUUUCAUAGAUGUGAAUUGUAAUGGGUAGGUAGUAAGUUGCAGAUUUAUUCAGUGCCAAGCUCUUAAAUGGGUGUGUUUUGGGAGCUAAUGAAAUGAACUUGGUCAAUUGUUUUGGUAGUUACUGUAAGAAAUGGUUUGUCAACUGCAGAAUCUAAAUUGCUAGGAAAUGUGGCUUUUUGUUACCAAAUUCAUGCGUGUACACCAGAACUGAAUCAGGUCAUCAGUCGCGUCCAUAUUUUUUCCAUCAAAUGUUUCAGAAUACAGUUGGUAGAUGAAGGGUUCACCGAAUAAGAUGUCUAGCUCUUGUUGAACUGAAAUUGAAUUCAUGUUUAGACUUUUAGAAUCACACCAAUCAACUUCAUUCUCUUAGAAACUUAACUAUUAGUUUAAUAGGACUUUUAAUGGUUCAGAGCGUUCGAUCGCAUCUGCAUGUACUUCUGUUGUGCACUGAAGUUGUAGGUGACUGACAAAGCACAGAGAUAUUCUACUGGUUUCAGCUAGGAGACACCCAGAUGGCACAGUGGGGUACUCGUCGGCGAAUUGUCUUCCUUGGAAGACACGAUGGAAAUAAACCUCAACUUUCAUCCAGCAGCAGUUAUUCAACACAUGAAGUGAAAGCUGUGAAAGCUGAACCCCUGGAGGUACCAGAGAUCAAGAAGAGAAAGCGCCUUAGCCUCGGUGAACUGAAAGAGAAGGAAGCAUUACUUUGUACGAAGAGGCCAACUAGUUCCAAGGUUAUGACAAAGAAGUGUAGUAAUGUGAUUGAAAGAUGGACAGUUGAAAGGUAUAAGCAAGCAGAGCAAGCUAUACUGGAAAUUUUGAAGGCUGAAGAUGCAACUUUUGGAAACCCAAUUUCCAGGAGCGACUUGAGGAUGGCAGCUCGUAAGCGGAUUGGUGAUACUGGGCUGCUCGAUCACUUACUGAAGCACCUUGAUGGUAAAGUGGCACCAGGUGGGAACGAGCGGUUUCGGCGGUGGUUCAAUACCAGCGGAAGAAUGGAGUACUGGUUGGAGAGUGAUGACCUGGCUAAUAUACGGCAGGAGGCUGGGGUGCAUGAUCCUUACUGGAUUCCAACGUCUAGGUUGAUGCCAGGUGGUGGGCCCUUUGAUGAUUCUGUUUCUGCUGGAGAACUGAAGCUACUUAAGGCAGAAGUAGAUAAAAUGAAGAGUGAUAUACAGGAGCUGCUUUUAUCCCAGAAGCAAGAGAAAGACCAAGCCAACCAGGAGAGGCUCGAGGAUUUGGCAAAAUGGAAAGCUCAGUCUGAGCAAAGCUUGAAAGUGAUCUUAGGUUCUUGGAAGGGUAUGCAGGACAAUUUUGAGGAAUUAAUGACAUGGAAGGAUAAAGUCGAGCAACAGGUAGUGGAAAUUACAAAUGUUUUGAAUAAUAUGCAAGGACCAAAGCAAUACACUGUCACCAAGACUGAAGCAUCUGAGCAGUGGGAAGAUUGGCUAGAGAGCACCAACCUUGACAGUUUUCAGGGAAAUAAACUUGUGCCGUGGUUUGCGAGAAACAGUCUGGUUAAUUCUGAGGAAGAAGUUAUAAUCCAAGAUCCCUGCUUAGCCGUACGGCUUACAUCAAAGCACAAAGUCAAGGAAGAUAAGGCCGAAAUGGAGAGAGAUGUGUGUGAGCUGUUACUGGAGAAGCAACGUGAAUAUCAAGCUAAUGUGACCCCUGAUUCUUCUGCUACUGCAAAUUCAAAGUCGGAUCUUGACAAUCUGGUUGUGUUUCAGGAAAUGUUUCAGGAGCUGUUUAAUUGGAAGUAUAUAACAGAGCAGAAGCUGAGUGAGAUAUCAAAUGCCAUGAAUGUCAUGAAGCAGAAUUCAACACUAUUGACUCCUCCAGCCCCUCACGUACCAGAAGAUGGAACUCACUGUAUGGAAUUUCAUCCUUGUUUCAUGUUUUAGGAUGAUUCUAGACUAGCAAGAACCAUAGGAUUUAGAUGUUGUAUAGCAUUCACGAAGCUACUGCCUGAAAUCACCGUUCCAGCUACUAAACCAGUGAGACCCGCUUCUAACCUACAUGUUGAGUCAGAACCCCUUCUAGGUAUUGCUCCUUUAAUUUAAUACCGACCUUAAGUUAAAUGUGGUGCAAAUGUUAAUAUACCGCUGAUGGUAAUAUAUAGGUUUAGACCGUUUUCCUAGGAUGCACUUAUCUUUUGAAUGACACGGCAAAUGAAAUGAUCCACAGCCACAGGUGGACAUACUUAUGUAAUGUGUUUAGGUUGUGACAUUGCGACCGCUGAUAUGAAGCGUAUUUACAAGGUUC